AUGAUGAAGCUCUUGUUGUCAGAGACCAGUUGUGCUUCUCUGGCCUCAGCUCUGAAGUCCAACCCCUCCCAUCUGAGAGAGCUGAAUCUGUCUGACAACGACCUGUGUGACGUGAAGCAGCUGUGUGAUUUUCUGGAGAGUCCACACUGUAGACUGGAGACUCUGAAAUUGAGGCGCUGCAGUUUGUCAGAGAUCAGCUGUGCUUCUCUGGCCUCAGCUCUGAAGUCCAACCCCUCCCAUCUGAGACAUCUGGAUCUGUCUGGAAACAACGUGUGUGACGUGAAGCAGCUGUGUGAUUUUCUGGAGAGUCCACACUGUAGACUGGAGACUCUGAGAUUGAGUAACUGCAGUUUGUCAGAGACCAGCUGUGCUUCUCUGGCCUCAGCUCUGAAGUCCAACCCCUCAUCUCAUCUGAGAAAGCUGAAUCUGUGGGGAAACUACGACCUGACGGACUCGGACAUGAAGCAGCUGUCUGAUCUUAAGGAGAGUCCAGACUGUAGACUGGAGACUCUGGGAUGGGAUUGAUGAUCUCUGUCAAAGAGUGACUGAACAUCCAGGAGUGAGUGUUGAGAGAGGAUCAGCUGGAUCCUGAUGAUCCAUCUGGACCGGAGUCUGGAUCUGGAUUUUGUCAUCUUCACUUAAGU